UCAGGCAUCAGGAAACUAUCUGAGAAUGUGGAACUGCAGGGGAGUACCUCUGUCUUCUUGAGGACCUUGGGUCUGUUUUGUGUAAAACCAGAGAGGGUGUGGAGAGACUGCAGUGAGCGAAGUCUGAUCUUCCUGUUCACGGACUGGCUCUUUUUUCAGUUGGUGUCUACCUUCUGCCACAAGACUUCAUCUUUGGAGCGGAUGGAGGAGGAGGGCGAUGAUGAUGACGAGGAUGAUGAAUUGGACAUUUCUGGAGGUUACGACAGCUUCCGGGGCUACAACAGCAGCGUGGGCAGUGACAGCAGCUCCUGUCUGGAUGAGUCUAGUGACGAUGAGGUGGCAGGCCGGGAAGCUGGAGAGCUUCCGAAUUCUCCUGUGCCCCAGCUCUCCACAGGCCAGCUCGCAGAGGACAGCGGUUCCGAGCCAGCUGUAUGCGAGAUGUGUGGGAUUGUGGGCACCAGGGAGGCUUUCUUCUCCAAGACCAAACGUUUCUGCAGUGUCUCCUGCUCCAGAAGCUACUCCUCAAACUCCAAGAAGGCCAGCAUCCUGGCCAGACUGCAGGGAAAGCCACCAACGAAGAAAGCUAAAGUCUUGCACAAGGCAGCCUGGUCAGCCAAGAUUGGGGCCUUCCUUCAUUCACAGGGUACAGGGCAGCUGGCAGAUGGGACACUGACAGGCCAGGAUGCACUUGUCCUGGGCUUUGACUGGGGAAAGUACCUGCAGGAGCACAACUUCAAGGCAGCUCCUGUCAGCUGCUUCAAACAUGUGCCCCUCUUUGAUCAGUGGGAUGAUGUGGUGAAAGGUAUGAAAGUGGAAGUGCUGAACAGUGACGCUGUGCUCCCCAGCCGCGUUUACUGGAUUGCAUCCGUCAUCCAGACUGUAGGAUACAGGGCCCUUCUGCGAUAUGAGGGCUUUGAGGAUGAUGCCAGCCAUGACUUCUGGUGCAAUUUGGGCACAGUGGAUAUUCACCCCAUUGGCUGGUGUGCCAUCAACAGCAAAAUCCUGGUACCGCCACAAACUAUCCAUGCCAAAUUCACUGACUGGAGAAGUUACCUCAUGAAAAAACUGGUGGGAGCCAGGACCAUUCCAGUGGAUUUCCACAUCAAGAUGGCAGAGAGCAUGAAGUACCCGUUCCGGCAGGGCAUGCGGGUGGAAGUGGUGGAUAAGAAUGACGUGUCCCGGACACGCAUGGCAGUGGUGGACACAGUGAUUGGGGGCAGACUGAGACUCCUCUAUGAGGAUGGCGACAGUGAUGAUGACUUCUGGUGCCACAUGUGGAGUCCCCUCAUCCAUCCUGUGGGCUGGUCACGGAGAGUGGGACACAGCAUGAAGAAGACAGAAGAAAAACGCAGUGACAUGGCAAGCCAUCCCACCUUCCGGAAGAUUUACUGUGAUGCUGUCCCCUACCUGUUUAAGAAGGUACGAGCUGUCUAUGCUGAAGGUGGAUGGUUUGAGACAGGCAUGAAACUGGAGGCCAUUGACCCCCUGAACCUGGGCAACAUCUGCGUGGCCACUGUUUGCAAGGUCCUCUUGGAUGGGUAUCUCAUGAUCAGCAUUGAUGGAGCCACCUCUGAUGAUUGCUCUGACUGGUUCUGCUAUCAUGCCUCUUCGCACGCCAUCUUUCCCAUCAACUUCUGUCAGAAGAACAGCAUUUCUCUGACCCCUCCAAAAGGGCAUGAUGCAGAGACCUUCAGCUGGGAAAGUUACUUGAAAAAGACUAAUUCAAGACCUGUUCCAGCACGGCUUUUCAACACAGACUGCCCAAACCACGGCUUCAAGGCAGGCAUGAAAGUGGAAGCAGUGGACCUGAUGGAGCCGCGGCUCAUCUGUGUGGCCACAGUGAAGCGCGUCGUCCACCGUCUCCUUAGCAUCCACUUUGAUGGCUGGGACGAUGAGUAUGACCAGUGGGUGGACUGUGAAUCUCCAGACAUUUAUCCUGUGGGGUGGUGUGAGCUGACAGGCUAUCAGCUUCAACCACCUGUUGUUCCAGAGCCCACAACUCCAGUGAAGGCCAAGGAGGUGCCCAAGAGGAAGAAGAAACCCUAUGGAAAGAAGAGAAAAAAGUUAUCUGCCAAAACCCGCAACGUCAGGCAGACUACCAAGAAGCCUUCCAACCCGAGGAUGAAACGAGAAGCCAGAGCUGCCAGCCAGGCUUUACCAGAGCCAGCACCUGAUGAGAGUAAGAGACUGAGUUACUCUGCCCAGCAGCCACGUGCCGCUCUUCCGCUCAUUGCUGUGCAGGUGAAAGAAGAAACCAUCGACCCCUCGGUAGCAGAGUUGGAAGCCACAGAGCUUCCUGUUCCCAUCAGCAGCAUAAAGCAGGAGGUCACAGACUGAUCUGGGACUAUCCCCCAUGUGCCCACAGCAGCCUGUGCUUCACCAGGUGACUCUGAGGGAAGUCAUGGCAAAGGGAAGCAGAAGACUAACAGGGACUUUGCUUUUUGAGGCAGACCACCCUGCAACAUCUCAACUCUGCUUUCCUGAUGUGCAAGAAAAUAUCCCUUAGACUUGUGAUCUUAAGCCCUGGGAAACAGGCUCCAGAAAGGCCACAGGCAUGCUGAGGAGCAUGACCAGGGUGGCUGCUGGGGCUGUGUGUGCCCAACUUUGAAGGCACCCUUCUGAGCAAAAGUUCCGGAUGGGAAAAGAGGCUUCCAGAGCACAAAGGGGCAUUUUGGGUUCUCAGCCAUGGCUGGAGCUGCUGCAGUCUGGGAUGAUGUGUGCAGGUUGCAUGUGUCAGGCGGCCCUUGUAGGGCAUUGGUGGUGUGCUCCCUGGUCUAGGCCCACAACCCCCGAGAAAGUCAGGACAGGAAGAGCGGAAAGAGCUGGAAAAAAAACACAAAAAGGGAUGAUGAUGCCUCUUGAGGCAAGAGACCUUUCUGAGUGUCAUCAUUUCUUGCUUUUGAACCCAGAACUGCAGAGAACAUGAUGCACAGAUUGAAUUUUUAAUUUUUUAGCAGUCCUACUAUAAAUUUGAUCCACGAUUUGUACCCUAAAGCCCUGUGAAAUAAACUUUGAGGAAGAGGCCAAA